AGUAAGUGAUGAGGCAGACUAAAUGCUUACGCCUUGUCAGUACAUAUCUGACUACCAAGAUGAGAAGUCACACGUUUAUUGAUUCUCUGGGCACGGCCAGCAUUAUGGCCAAAAUCCUUGAUGGCAAGGCCCUAGCUAAGGAGAUUAAGGAUGAGCUGAAGAUUCAAAUUGAAAAUUGGACUAAGCAUGGUCACCGAGCACCAUCUCUCUCCUGCAUCAUUGUAGGGGAUGAUCCCGCAAGCCACACAUAUGUUAGAAACAAGAUACAAGCAGCUAAGGAUGUUGGUAUUGAUGCCAAAACCCUACUGUAUGAAGAAACACUUUCUGAAGUCGAACUUAUUGAGAAAAUUAAGGCGUUAAAUGAUGAUGCUGACAUUGAUGGCAUCUUAAUACAGCUUCCAUUACCAGAGAGUAUCAGUGAGAGAAAUGUGUGCAAUGCAGUGGCUCCGGAGAAGGAUGUUGAUGGUUUCCACAUCAUAAAUGUUGGUCAGCUGAGCUUGGAUAUGCCAACAAUAGUGCCAGCUACUGCAUUAGCCGUUAUAGAAAUGUUGAAGAGAUUUAAAGUUCCAACGUUCGGUCGCAAUGCAGUGGUAGUGGGUCGUUCCAAGAAUGUUGGUAUGCCGAUUGCUAUGAUGCUGCACAGUGACAUGAAGCAUGACAGUGGCCUCGGCAUGGAUGCCACAGUCACCAUCUGCCAUCGGUACACCCCGAAAGAGAAGCUGGAAUACUUCUGCAGGAACGCAGAUAUAAUCAUCAGUGCUACUGGAGUAGCAAAACUCAUCAAAGCGGACAUGGUGAAGCCAGGCGCGACGGUCAUUGAUGUCGGCAUCACGAGGAUCACUGACGAUAACGGAAAAACCAAGUUGGUUGGAGAUGUUGAUUAUGAUGAAGUAAGCAAGAUCGCCGGUGCGAUCACCCCGGUUCCCGGUGGCGUUGGCCCGAUGACAGUUGCCAUGCUGAUGCAAAACACAUUCCAAGCUGCCCAGAAGCUUCGCGACAUUGACUCUCAGAUGCAGUGAGCAUCUCUGCCUACGUGCCUCUACCGAAGUUGUUAAUCUAUGACGACAGUUAAAGGAAAGAGGUACGUAACGCGCAUUUUCAUGUUUGUGUUAUUAAUUUCCGUUUUAUUUAUUUGUUAAUCUAUUUUCGAAUAGUUUGUUGUACAAACUUACCUCAAAGGCGUUUAGUUAAAAAGUAAUAGUUUUGAUAAUUUAUGAUUUAUUCGUAAACAGUUUGUAUUCCAGUGAAUAUUUCGCAUUCGUUAGAAUCUCCAAAUUAUAAUUUAACA